GACUCAUGGCUCAUGACAUGCCCAUGUUCAUGUGCCCCUUUUUAUGAACUAAAAAGGCUACCGACCUUGUAUUCAUUCCUUUUUUAGUUUUAACGUUGCUUGAAGUUGAAGCUCUUUGAAACAAAACUCAACUGCCAGUCUGCUACACCCAAAUUGUGAAUCCAUGGAAAUGGAAACUCCAAUUCCCAGUUCAAAACAAAACCCAGAAAUGGAAUCAUCACAAACCAAACAGAUCUUCAUCCUGUCAGGUCAGAGCAACAUGGCCGGCCGCGGCGGCGUAACCAAACACCACAAAUGGGACGGCGUCGUUCCACAAGAGUGCCAACCCAACCCCACCGCAAUCCUCCGAUUCAGCGCCAAGCGCCACUGGGAGGCGGCGCGUGAGCCGCUCCACUCCGACAUCGACACCAAGAAGGUCUGCGGGGUGGGGCCCGGGAUGUCGUUCGCCAACGCUGUGAGGGAGCGCGUGGGGGUCGUGGGGCUGGUCCCUUGCGCUGUGGGUGGGACCGCCAUAAAGGAGUGGGCGCGUGGGAAGCACUUGUACGAGAGCAUGGUGAUGAGAGCGAAAGAGAGCGUGAAAGGUGGUGGAGAAAUCAUGGGUUUGCUUUGGUACCAAGGAGAGAGUGACACGUCGCAUCAGCAUGAUGCUGAGGCGUAUCAGGGGAACAUGGAGAAGCUCAUCAGCAAUGUACGUGAGGAUCUUGGUUUGCCUUCUCUUCCAAUUAUCCAGGUUGCAAUUGCAUCAGGGGAUGGAAAGUACAUGGAGAAAGUUAGGGAAGCACAGUUCAAAAUCAGUCUCCCAAAUGUUGUAUGCAUUGAUGCCAAGGGUCUUCCACUCAAGGAAGAUAAUCUUCAUCUUACCACAGAGGCCCAGGUUAAGUUGGGCCACAUGCUGGCUGAUGCAUAUCUCACCAAUUUUGCUCCACCACAAAUUCUUCCUCCUCAUCCUUGACUUCAAACAAUUGGGAAUCCAUCGUCUCCUCUCCUUUCAGGUUUUGCAAGUGGUUUGCCCUUUGAUGAGCUUUUAAGUGUCAUGACCAUCGGCUUGUUUUGUUUGCAUAAUCUGCUUCUCUAAAAAUUUCACAAUAUUGUUCACAACAAUUGAGAGGUAAAUUGUGAUUGGCAUACAAUAGAAGUGAUGUUGUAUUGAUCCAAAUCUACCAUUUUAACAAAUUGUGAAGUUUAUUGUGUUUGUAUCAUUAUGGUACUUAUUCUCAAAAAAAGUUAUCAUUAUUGUACUAAAUAUGUCGAAUUUUGGAUUUUUUGAGCUU